AUAGGCUGCUGGAAGUGGGAGUUGGGUGACUAGUUGGCCUGCUCUCCAUGGAGGACAGAAAUCCACCUGUUUUUGCUGAGGACUGGAGAUGCUUGUCUGAGAGUCCUCCUGCCCAGGAAGACCCAGCUACCCAGACCUCCUCUGAGUCCAGCAAGCCACUUUCCAUAGCCCAUAGACACCUGAGCAGGAAGAAUGGGCUUUCUAGACUCUGCCAGAGCCGAAUGGCACUCUCUGAGGACAGGUGGAGCUCUUACUGCCUUUCAUCAUUGGCUGCCCAAAACAUCUGCACAAGUAAACUGCACUGCGCUGCUGCACCUGAGCAUGCCGACCCUGCAGCUGGCCCACUGGGCAAUACAUCCUGCUGCUCUUUGCUGCGUGGCUUGGCUUCAGGGUGCUCUGCACCCCUGCUCUCAACCCCUGUGUGCAACCCCAACAAGGCUGUCUUUACCGUGGAUGCCAAAACCACAGAGAUUCUGGUUGCCAAUGAUAAAGCCUGCAGCCUCCUAGGGUAUAGCAGUCAUGACCUGAUUGGCCAGAAGCUUGCACAGUUCUUCCUCAAGUCUGAUUCCGAGGUGGUGGAAGCCCUCAGCGAGGAGCAUGUGGAGGCUGAUGGCCAUGCUGCAGUGGUGUUUGGCACAGUGGUGGAUAUUGUCAGCCGAAAUGGGGAGAAGAUUCCAGUCUCUGUGUGGAUAAAGAGGUUGCAGCAAGAUCGUGGCCUGUGCUGUGUGGUGGUUCUGGAGCCUGUGGAAAGGGUCUCAGCCUGGGUUGCCUUCCAGAGUGAUGGAACUAUCACAUCAUGUGACAGUCUCUUUGCUCAUCUCCAUGGGUUCACAUCUCCAAAGGAUGUAGUUGGGCAGUGUGUCACAGACUUGAUUCCAUCCAUACAGCUCCCUCCUCCUGGCCAGCACAUCCCAAAGGGUCUCAAGAUUCAGAGGUCUGUUGGGAGAGCCAGAGAUGGUACCACCUUUCCACUCAGUCUAAAGCUGAAGUCCAUGCCCGGUGGAAAGGCUGUAGCUGACAGUGAGGCUGCCUCUGAACCAGAUUACCAGGCAUCUGUGUGGGUGUUCUGCACCAUCAGUGGCCUCAUCACCCUCCUGCCUGACGGCACAAUUUAUGGCAUCAACCACAGCUUUGCACUAAUGUUGUUUGGUUAUGGAAAGACCGAGCUCCUGGGCAAGAACAUCACCUUCCUGAUUCCUGGUUUCUACCACUACAUGGACCUUGCAUAUGACUGUUCUGUACAGCUACCAGAUCUGGUCAACUGCUUGGACAUUGGCAGCAAAAGUGGGCCUGGGGAAGUGAACUCCAAUGCCCAGCAGAACUGGGAACUGUCCAGUGGAGCCCAGGAUCCUAGGGUAAAUGUGGCCUUGGCCAGUGACCACGUGCUGUCACAAGAUGAGACCUUGAAGCUGGUAGGAGAACAAGUCACCCCUAGGACUCAGACACGGUUGGAAACUGGAUGCCAGAUACUUCCUUCUCAUUCAUCUCAGUCCUCCCUGGGGGUGGACAGCAACCCAGUGCAUGGUGAGCAUUCAUUGCCCAUAGACCAGCAAAGCAUUCCAAAGAGAAACCUGCUAGUCCAUGGUGGACAGUUACUGUCUCAAAACCAGUCAGACACCCCAGAAAUAUCCCCACCAGUCCUUAAUGAAAAUUUAUUAUCUGAAGUUCAGAAAAAUAUCUCAGAAGAAGGCCCACUAACCCACAAGAAAUGGGUUUUGCCCAGGGGUCAGCAAGACACAAAAAGAAGCCUGCCUGCUCAUGAUGAUCAGUUACUGCUUUCAGGCCAGCAUAUCCAUGUCUUGGGAAAGGAGAAUCCUUCAGCAGCAGCAGAGAGCUACAGGAAAGGCCUGUUAGAAGAAAGCAGGUCCAAACCAAUGGAUGUAAAACGGUUUGCUUCAUGUGAAGAUCUUGAGCCCCUAGUCCCAGCUAAGGACAGGAGCAGCAGCAUGGACAUGUGUAGUCUGCAUCAGGAAGCUCAGCUGGAGAUGAUGGGUGUCAGUGGUCCCAGCACUCCUAAACCCUGGGCCGAUGCCACCAUGCCUGAGCCCCACACCACAGGGCAGCUAGCAGGAGGGAGCUUUCUGACACACUGCCCACAGUAUAGAAGUGAGUGGAUCUUACAGCAACGAGGCCAGGACUUGGCUCCCAGCCCUUCUGGAGUGGCGCGUGUCUUGCUUGGGACACCUACUCUGGAUGAACCAUGGCCAGGAGUGAGGAAUGACCGAGAAGAGCUACAGACUUGCUUGAUUAAGGAGCAGUUGUCCAAGUCAAGCUUUGGGGGAACUCUGGGUGUCCCAGAGUGUGUGGAACUUGUCCCAGCAGAACAUCCUCCUUUCACUGCCCCUGUGUCCUUCUGUGAUCUAGGAGGCCGAGACCUACAUGCUAGCCACUCAGGCAGCUCCUCGGCCUGUUAUGCUUUGGCCACUGACCUCCCUGGUGUCCUGGAGGCAGUGGAAGCCCCGGAGGAGGCUGAUGUGAAUUCUUAUUCCUGGAACUUCAGGGAACUCUUUCUCAAUGAACAGACAGACAGACCUCCAUCACAUUGUUCCUGUAGCACAUCUGAGCUCAGUGAGGCACCUUCUCCUUCACUGGUGGGCUCAGAUUUGGAUGUGGGUGUUCUACGCAGACAGAGUUCAGAUAUUCUAGGUGACCGAGAGAUGUUGGUCCUGACUGGCACGUACUUUGACCUUGGUGAAGUCCGGCAGUUCCAGGAGAUGGACACAGGACACGAUCGAGCAGAACUGUCUGACAUUUCUUUGGUAUCCUCUGAACACUUUAAAACUAGUGACAUAGAAAGCCCAAGUCGUGGCGCUCCCAGACCAGAUCCUGGUCUGGACAAUACGUGCUUAUCAGCAGAGAAGCUGAGUACCCAGGUCACUUCCACUCCUCUGGCACCUGGGGCCGCCGGCCUGCAGCAGGAGAUCCAGGAAGGCAUCUACUCUGGAAGCUGCUACCACCGAGAUGGCUUACGACUGAGUAUACAGUUUGAAGUGAAGCGGGUGGAACUCCAGGGCUCUGCAACCCUGUUCUGUUGCUGGCUGGUGAAGGACCUCUUACACAGCCACCAGAACUCAGCUACCCGAACCCGCCUGCUCCUUGCCAGCCUGCCUAGCUCUACCCACUCCAUGUCUGAGCUCUCUGGAUCCAGCUUUGGAGAGAUGCUCAAAGCCAAGCCUCAGUUUGAGGAAUCCCCAACACCUGCAGAACUGGAGAGACUGGCAGCCUGUGAGGGCGAGUACUCCCAGAAGUAUAGCACCAUCAGCCCACUUGGCAGUGGGGCCUUUGGCUUUGUGUGGACUGCCGUGGAGAAGGAGCAUAAGAAAGAGGUGGUGGUGAAGUUUAUUAAGAAAGAGAAGGUUUUGGAGGAUUGUUGGAUGGAGGAUCCCAAACUUGGAAAAGUUACUUUAGAGAUCUCGAUUCUGUCCAAAGUGGAACAUGCAAACAUAAUCAAGGUUCUGGAUGUAUUUGAAAACCAAGGAUUCUUCCAGCUAGUGAUGGAAAAGCAUGGCUCUGGCCUGGACCUCUUUGCUUUUAUUGACCAUCAUCCCUGCUUGGAUGAACCCCUAGCAAGUUACAUCUUCCGACAACUUGUGUCAGCUGUAGGAUACCUGCGCUCCCAAGGCAUCAUCCACAGAGAUAUCAAGGACGAGAACAUUGUGAUCGCCGAGGACUUCACAAUUAAGCUGAUAGAUUUUGGCUCAGCUGCCUACUUAGAGAGGGGCAAGCUCUUUUAUACCUUUUGUGGAACAAUAGAGUACUGUGCACCUGAAGUUCUCAUGGGAAAUCCCUACAGAGGGCCAGAGCUGGAGAUGUGGUCUCUGGGGGUCACUCUGUACACGCUCAUCUUUGAGGAGAAUCCCUUCUGUGAGGUGGAGGAGACCAUGGAGGCAGUUAUUCAUCCCCCAUUCCUGGUUUCCCCAGAACUUAUGAGUCUUCUGUCUGGGCUGCUGCAGCGUUCCCCUGAGCAGCGGACCACUUUGGAGAAGCUGAUUAUAGACCCCUGGGUGACACAGCCUGUGAACCUUGCUAACUACACCUGGGAAGAGGUGUGUCGGACCAAUCAGCCAGAAAGUGGCCUGUUGUCGGCUGCAAGUCUGGAGCUUGGGAGCAGGAGUCCAAGUGAAGUGUCUCAGACAAAGUGUCUCAGUGGGCCUCCUGUUCCCAGGGAGGCUCCUGGUGACCAGCACUGCUUGCAUCCGGAGGACCCCUCUCUGCCAGUCAGCUGAAUGCAUACUCUCUCCUACUAUUCUCCACUCGGUUUGGGAAAUUGUAUGGAUUUCAGGGCUUCCUACCUGAAAAAAGGAAGUCAAGAAUUGGGAUGAAUCUCCUUUCUACAGAUUCCUGUGCAAGUGCUAACACAAAAGCCUGUGAUACUUUUUUUAGGUUUAUGAAAUAGACUUGCAAUUUGUGGGGUUUUUUUUUUUUUUUUUUUU